AUGCUUCGAGCUACACAAUAUGCUGCCAAAUCUCUCAGAUAUUCACACUCUAAAAUUUUGAAACCUUCUUCAGUAAGUCAAUAACUCAUUUUUAACUCAUUUGACAAAACAUAUUCAGGUUGAAUUGAUCAAAACCAGAACUUCUGCUCUCACUGCAUAUUCAAAAGUUAGCCCAAUUCCAUCAGUUGGAGCUGUUCCAGUUGGCGAUGCCAAUGGUAAUUUUUGGUGAGUUCAAAUUAUUAUUUCUAUUAUCAAUUUUCUGUAUAAAUUUUCAAUAUAUAGAUAAGAAAAAAUAUGAGGUCAAGAUAGAUAGUAAAGACAGAGGACAAUGUUUUAGAUGAGAAUCAAAAUUAAAAAGUUUUCAGCACAAAAACACGUCAAAAACAUCCAUUAAUCAACACAAGAUCAGAUUUGAAAAAAAGCUCAAAGAGUUGUUGUCAAAUUGGGAAGUGCUGUUAUCACAAGAGAAGAUGAAUGUGGUUUGGCGCUUGGUAGAUUGGCAUCAAUUGUUGAACAGGUGAGAAAAAAAACAGAACAAAUCAAAUAUUCAAGGAUCAAAACAAUGAAAAAAAUAGGGAUUAGGUUUCAGGAACUGAUUUAUUAUUUUAUUAACCUUUUGGUAUUAGGUACAAUGACGUGGGUUCACAAGAAAAAGAACUUUGAAAAUCUAUUUUAUUUCCGCGUCUUUUUGAUCUUACGAACGCAUCAAAAAAGGAACCAAAAGUUUGUCAAUUUGAUGUUCCGCAAAUGUCAAACUAAUUCAAAUUCUUUGAACAUUCUCAUUAUAAAAUUGAUGUCCAAUGAUCUUCAGCUGCUUCAACCUUUUCCUAAUAAAAAAGAAGAGAUAGUUUGCACAAAAGGACAUUUAAAUAUUAAAGUAGCAGCAAAAAAAAACGGAAGAAAAAUAAAUUCAGCCGUUUGAGCAUCAUAACAAAACACAUAGUGAGGGUGGGGGGAAAAUUGAAAACUCAUUGGUCUGUGGAUUAAGAAAACUGCUCUUUAAACUUGGAUAAACUGAAUUUUUCUAGGUUUCUGAGUUGCAACAAUCUGGCCGACAAAUGUUGAUUGUUUCAUCUGGAGCUGUCGCAUUUGGAAGACAAAAACUUCGCCAAGAAUUAGUUAUGAGUAUGAGCAUGCGACAAACACUACGGUAUGUUAUCAUAUUUUUUUCAAUUGCAAAAAAAAACUGAAUAUAAAAUCCGAUUUUGUUUAGAUAGAAUAAAUGAUUAAAAGUAAUCCAAAAAAAUAACAAGAAUUCAAGAUCUCAAAAAUGUGACAUGGCGUUUUCUGUUCCAAAAAAUGAAAAUUGAGAUCUUUAAUCGAGAAUGAAAACAAAAUAUAACAGAAAAUGAAAAAAUAAAGAAUAAAUAAAAAUUUGAUCAAAUUGUUUUUAGUGGACCUUCUGGAAUGACUGCUGACAAACGAGCAUGUGCUGCAUCUGGAAUGCCAGGACUUAUGUCUUUGUAUGAGCAACUUUUCCAACAAUAUGGAAUCACUGUUGCUCAAGUUUUGCUCACAAAACCAGAUAUUGAUGAUCCACAAAGAAGAAAAAAUCUUCAAGCUACAAUUGAGAGCCUUCUUUCUUUGAAUAUUAUUCCAAUUGUUAAUGCAAAUGAUGCUGUUGCUCCAGACCCAAAAUUAAAUAUGGUUUGUUUUCAUUAUUUUUUCAACAUUCAAAUUCAACAUAUAUUCAUUUUCCAGCACAUUUCUGAUAAUGAUUCACUUGCUGCUCGUUUAUCAGCUGAAAUUGAAGCUGAGCUUCUUAUCAUUCUUUCAAAUGUUAAUGGUGUUUACACUGGGCCACCAGAUCUUGAAGGUUCCCGUCUUCUUCACACAUAUGUUCCAUCUGAAAACGCUCAUGUUGCAUUCGGAGCAAAUAGCAAAUUUGGAACCGGUGGAAUGGAAAGUAAAGUAAGUCAGCCAAUGUUUUGAUCUUCUGAUUUUGACUAAAUUUCUUCCCGUAUAUGUGUAUGUAUAUUUUAAAACUAUAUACAUAUGCAAUAUGCAAGUCAAAACAAAUUUGAGCUGUCAAUAUGAGCUUCGCGGAUUAGUCUCUCGACUAAACUACACGCUUUUCUCAUUACAAAGAUCAAUAACAAAAACAAAAUUUUAUUUUUUUUUUCUUAGGUUAAUGCCUGUGUGACUGCGUUGGAAAAUGGUGUGACAACUGUGAUUACAAAUGGUUUGGCACAAAAUGCAAUUACUGAUGCUGUUGCUGGAAAAAAGAGUGGAACAAUGUUCUGUAGAACUCAACGAUAUGAAGGACCACCAAUUGAAGAAGUUGCUGAGAAAUGUAGAGAUUCUGGAAGACAAUUGGCUGCAUUAUCAAAUGCUGAACGUGCUGCAAUGGUCAGACAUCUUGCUGGUCUUUUGAUUGCUCGUGAAAACGAUAUUAUGGAAGCAAAUCGUCUUGAUAUCAAUGCUGCUCAAAGUUCAGGACUUGAACCACAACUUCUUAACCGACUUAAAAUGACAAAAGCAAAACUUCAAGAUUUACACUCUGGUUUGAAUAUGAUUGCUGAUUCGGCUGAAACAUUAGUUGGAAGAUCGUUGAAAAAAGUCAAAGUUGCGGAUAACUUGUUUUUAGAACAAGUGACAGUGCCAAUUGGAAGUUUGAUGGUUAUUUUCGAAUCAAGACCAGAUUGCUUGCCACAAGUCGCGUCACUUGCAAUGGCUUCUGGUAAUUCACUUCUUUUGAAGGGUGGAAAAGAAGCUGAUGAAAGUAACAAAAUGUUGCAUAGUAUUGUUCAAGAAGCUCUUGGAACUCAUGGAUUUGAUAUGCGAGAUGCUAUUACUUUGGUUAGAAGCAGAGAAGAUGUUGCUGAACUUCUUCAAUUGAAGGUUUGUUUGAUUUCUCAGUUUCUUUCAAUCUUCAUAGAAAUAAUUUCAGCAUUGUAUUGAUCUUGUGAUUCCACGUGGAUCAUCAGAACUUGUCAGACAAAUGCAAGAAAAAAGCAAAGGAAUUCCGGUUCUUGGACACGCUGAAGGUGUUUGUCACGUUUAUAUUGAUAAGGAAUGCGAUGAACAAAUGGCAAUUCAAAUUGUUCGAGAUUCAAAAUGCGACUAUCCAUCAGCUUGCAAUGCUGUUGAAACAGUUCUUAUUCACAAAGAUCUCGCAACAACUUCAUUCUUUGAUAAUUUGUGCAGUAUGUUCAAAACUGAAGGUGUCAAACUUCACGCUGGUCCAAAAUUGACAUCUGCCCUCAAAUUUGCUCCACCACCAGCAGAAAGUCUAUCUUUCGAAUAUGGAGCAUUAGAAUGCACAUUGGAGAUUGUUGAUAAUGUUGAAGAAGCUGUUGCUCAUAUUAUCAGAUAUGGAAGUGGACAUACUGAAUCAAUUAUCACUGAUAACCACGAUGUUGCUGAACAUUUCUUGAAAAAAGUUGACAGCGCUUGUGCAUUCCAUAAUGCAUCAACAAGAUUUGCUGAUGGAUAUCGAUUUGGACUUGGAGCUGAAGUUGGUAUUUCAACUGGAAGAAUUCAUGCAAGAGGACCAGUUGGUGUUGAAGGACUUUUGACAACAAAAUGGAUCUUGAGAGGAGAAGGGCAUACAGUUCAAGAUUUUAAGGAAGUAUGUUUCCCCUAAUCUUCUUAUAUAAGUAGAUCAAAACAGAUUUUGUAUUAUUUGUUCUGAAGAUUAUUCAAAAUCAGAUUAUAAUAAUUCUAUUUUUAUUUUCGAAAAAUGUUCACUUAUACAAUGUUUUUAUUUUCAGGGAGGAAAGUUCAAAUACAUUCACGAAUUAAUGAAUCCAACAAGUGAAGUUUAUCGAGCAAUUGAAGAUUUGAAAACAGCCAAUGCCUAA